CCCUCAGGGCACAGUGGGCUGCUCGUCAGAUUGGACAGAGGUUGGAAGCCAUGCUCUCCGUCUGAGGGCGCUCUCGGGAGCCCGCGGCCCUCUGCUUCCCGAGCCCUGACCCAGGGAGGCCGAUGGAGAAGGACGCCGCCGCACGCAGGAGGCACCGGCCGGGCCCUGGGGCGCCUCCACCAGGGGGCGCCCCCGGACACCUCAGGGCGGCCAGCGAGGUGGCCGAACUGCAGCGGAGCAGGAGCCUGGGUGGCCUGCUCCAGGAGAGGGGCCCUCUGCGCUGCAUCAGGAAACUGAGCAAGGAGCCAGAGUCCGAGGACCAGGGAAGAGACCUACGAAGUGACACUGAGGACGCCCGCUGUCAGGCCGACCCAGAGGAAGACACGCAGCACAAGCGUGAGGACGCCCUGGGAAAGCUGGAGCCCGACGGCGGAAGGACGGGGCCGGCGGUGACGAGGGGCCACCCGGAGGAAGAGGAGCUCGAGUCCGGAAAGCUGGAUGAGCCUUUGGGAAGAGAGAAACCAUCUGUGUUUGUGGAGAUUGAUCUGGGAGACCGUGCCGAGGAGGUGGUCACAGGCACCAUGAGAGAAGAGAAGCGGUCUCAGAUGGACACGGGGGAUUUAUCAGAAGACGAGACCAGGACCAGCUGGGUGUGCUGCAUCCCCUACCCCACCAGAAGGAAGGCCAAGGACAGUGUGUAACAGCCCUGGACAAGGGUGCUGAUGACCACCCAGGUGUGAGCCACUGACCUGCUGGGUGAGCAAUGACACCAUCUUUUAACAAGACACAAUAAAGCGUGAACGGAAGGGG